UUUGUUGGCUCCGGACGACUUGGAAGCAAUUCAGGAUCAGGAGGUUCUGGACGACUCGGAAUCAAUGCAAGGAUGCCUCCUUAUCCUGGGACUACUACACCAAUCAAGUUGCCUCCUCCGAUGAAGGUGAAAACCGCAAAUAGUGAGCCAAUUCGCGUAACUCUUCCUACAC